ACAUUCCCGUGCACAUGCAUCCACCGCACAUUGCUCAUUCACACUGCAACCGGUAGUAGCCGGUGGCAACCACCAGACACGCCACCGACCAAGCCGGUGAAGUAAACUGAGACCACCGUGAAGGCCACGGCGGUGUACAAAAGUUGACUUGCGUGGACAAAUCUUUACCGUCGAUCUUAUGGAGCUAAAACCCGGAGGAGAGUGAGAAAUGAUUAGUUAAGCAGUCAAUUCGGAGAAAAGAUUAUAAAAAAAAUAAAGUAAAGGUAUUGGAUAGAUCAGAUUAUCGUCAUUCGUCAGAGCCAACGGUUUCUGUGUCAGCUGGUUGAAGCAGCAAAGGCGUGGACUGAACCUUGGUUUCAGCAAGAAUGGAGGAGGUGAGAGGAGGAAACACGUGGACGGAGGAGCUCGCGAGUCUGGUGGAGGACACUGGAAUAAGAUACGCUGCUGCUUCUGCUGCCGCCGGGGAAUCUCUUGGGUUGUCGGUGCCGGCAUUGAAGAAAUCGGGAUUCAUUGGGGACUACGGUGAGGAAGAAGGGAAAACGGAGAGUUUGAAGGAGCAGGUGACUGGGUUUUUGAAAUCUUGGGGGGAAAUGUUGCUGGAUUUAGGGAAGGGGUGCAAAGACAUUGUGCAACAGAGUUUGAUCACUGAGGAUUCCUUUAUAGUGAGAAAUGUUGGAAAGCCAAUGGCUAAGGUCUCUGACCGAUUCAAGAUUUUGAACGAGUUCUUGCCUGAGGAUCGCGACCCCGCCCACGCUUGGCCUGUGAUAUUCUUUGUUUUAACACUCGCGCUUGCUGCUCUGAGUUUAAAUACAAUGGAUGAUGCCUCUGUUCCAGCAGUAAAGAAAGUACAUGUACAUCCUCCAAGUGCAAAUCACAUUCUGCUUCCAGAUGGUAGACACAUGGCUUAUCAUGAAAAUGGUGUCCCUGCCAGCAGAGCAAGAUUUUCCAUGAUUGUUCCUCAUUCUUUUAUCUCUUCUCGGCUUGCAGGUAUACCUGGAGUUAGAGCAUCACUACUUGAAGAAUUUGGUGUUCGCUUGGUCACAUAUGACCUUCCUGGUUUUGGGGAGAGUGAUCCUCAUCCCAGCAGAAAUCUAAACUCAUCGGCCCUGGACAUGCUCCACCUAGCAAAUGCUAUUGGUGUAAAUGACAAAUUUUGGGUGCUGGGUCACUCAAGUGGAAGCAUACAUGCAUGGGCUGCUCUCAGAUACAUCCCUGAUAGAAUCGCUGGUGCUGCCAUUAUUGCCCCAGUGAUUAAUCCAUAUGAGCUGGGCAUGACAAAAGAAGAGAUGAGAAGAACAUGGGAACUAUGGUCAUCGAAAAGGAAAUUAAUGUACUUCUUAGCUCGGAAAUUUCCAAAAUUUCUCGCUGCUUUUUAUCGCCGAACCUUCCUAUCCGGUUUUCAUGGUCAAAUUGAUAAGUGGAUGUAUCAGUCACUUGGAAGGAAGGACCAACUUCUGAUUGAGGAUCCAACAUUUGAAGAAUUUUGGCAUAGGGAUGUGGAGGAGUCAAUCCGCCAAAGGACUACAAAACCAUUCAUUGAGGAAGCUGCACUACAGGUGUCGAACUGGGGUUUCAGCUUGGCAGAUCUACAUGUGCAGAAGAAGUGUCAGAGGAAAGGCAUUCUCAUUUGGCUUAGGUCCAUGUACAGUCAGGCUGAAUGUGAAUUGGCUGGAUUUCUUGGCCCAAUUCACAUAUGGCAGGGUACAGAUGACAAAGUAGCGCCACCAUCAAUGACCAACUACAUAAGCCGGGUUCUACCUAGCGUCACCUUGCAUAAGCUUCCAAAUGAAGGCCACUUUUCCUUUUUCUAUUUCUGUAAUGAAUGCCAUAGGCAGAUAUUCUCCGCUCUUUUCGGAGAUGCUCUAGGUCCUCUUGAGGAGAUAGUGGACAUGAAUGCAACUCCAUUUGAAGGAGAGAUAGAAGAGGUAUCAUCGUCCACUGAUUCUUCUCCAGGAGAUAUGUGACUACAGAUAUAUACUACUGUCCCUUUUUUUGGCCAUUUUCCCAUGUAAAUAUCACAGCUACGGGUUGCUCCUGAUCUCUGUGGAGCACUAGGUGAAAUUCUGAGGUAUAAUUUUGUUUCAAAAUUUUUGGACGAUAGUCUCAUUUUGAGAGAGUUAAAAGCAAAGAGGCAGCAAUUCUCUA